AAGGAGAAAUCAAGAAAUCCAGCAGGGCGGAGGAGAGGCGUUUCCAGCUAACUCCCCUCUCUUUCCUGAGCCGUACAAAGUGGUACGUGUCAUCACAGUUCACGACACACAUCACGAGUCACUUUUGAUCAGUUUUUUAAGUCCAGCAAAGAGGACAAACUCUCGAGCCGUAUCCAGAGCAUGCUUGGAAACUACGACGAGAUGAAAGAACCCAUCGGCGCAGACACUCUUCCCAAACUCUCCAAAUCCUCCAACAAUAACAGCUCCUCUUCCUCCGAGGACAAGUCCGGGACGGGCCUUUACGCAUCGGAUCAGCGCGGCGGUGGUACGGGAGUCAGCGGACAGAGCAAAUGGACUCCAGUUGUUUCCACUUCUUCCCAAUCCCAAAAACGCUCAGGACUGCAAAGCGGGCACAACAGCCAAAGGGGCGGUAACAGCGGUAGCAGUGGUAGUAGUAGUAGCCAAAGGCACGGCGCGGAGGUGCGAGAAAAGAAGUCGAGUAAGCAUAGCAGCGCGUCUGAACAUUCGAAAACGCACACGUCGAGUCCCGCUAAAGGGAAUUUAAGCUCGUCCAGAGAACAGCAUCACAGCAAAGACCGCUACAGGCCCAAGUCUCCACGGGACAGGGAGGCCAGCUGGGACUCCCCCUCCAGGGUCCACACGUUCCCCACCGGGCAGCACUCGAGCCAGGCCUUCCCCCCUUCGCUCAUGUCCAAGCCGGGCUCCAUGCAGCAGAAGCCCACCGCAUACGUCAGGCCCAUGGACGGACAGGAGACCACCGAGGCCAAGAGCUCCCAGGCAGAGAGCUACAUCACAGCCCCCUCGCACAGCAGCACCGUGGGGGAGAUGAAGUCCAACGGGAAGGCCUCCCUCUCCAAACUCAAAAUCCCAUCACAGCCCAUGGAGGUACGGGGCUCCAGUGACCCCAACUGUGUGGAUGAGAUUCUGAAGGAAAUGACUCAGUCGUGGCCUCCUCCACUGACGGCCAUCCACACGCCCUGCAAAACUGAGCCUUCAAAGUUUCCUUUCCCCACUAAGGACUCUCACCCAUUCCCCAGCGGUCAUAAACGUUCCUCAAAAAGCUCCAGCAGCCAUCAGUCCAAAGCUUGUGAAGACCAACCCACGCCGUUGGAAGAGGACCUCAAACUUAGCAGCAGUGAGGACAGCGAUGCGGAAGAGUCUGGGAAAAAUGCCUCAAGAAAUACAAGUAAUAACAGUGAAGUGGCGGAGCAGUUGAGGGACGACUCGAGCAGCCACAGUGGGUCCGAGAGCAGCUCUGGUUCAGACAGUGAGAGCGAGAGCAGCAGUAGCGACAGUGAAGCCAAUGAGCAACCACGGCCUGCAUCACCCGAGCCUGAACAACAAGGAGCAAACAAGUGGCAGCUUGACAACUGGUUCAAGAAGACCAAGCAGUGCUCUCCAGCCUCCCCUGUGGACAAUAAUAAUGCUCCCACCAAAUCCAAGAAGGAGGGACGGGACAACAGCUCAGGACGGAGCCACAGCAACCAGGGGGGCAGCUCCAAAGACUCCUCCGCCCCCACACCCAGCAGGGAGUCCCGGGCUCCACAGAAAGGAGCCGAGGGGGGCAGAGGGAGGCAGAAGUCACCAGGUCAGAGCGAAGUUGGGACAAACAGUCGAAAAAUUACGGGAAAGAAACAGCCCAAAAAGUCAGAGAAGCUCCCUGUGGUGGAGGAGCCCAGGGGAAGUGUAAGAGUGGAGAGUGAGCCUGCUCCAGAGGUCUCACAACGGCCUAAAGCACCGACCAAAGGCUCCCGAAAACCAAGCCUCAAAAAGGAGCUGAAACCAUCGCCUCGACCGCUCACAACAAUAACAGCGGACAAAAAACCCAAACCUAAAGCGCCGGUGAAAAAGCCACGGAACUCUUCCUCAUCUGACUCGGAGGAAAAUGAGAGCAUCCCGUCUUCAUCCCAAACGCCCAAAUACUCAGAAAGUAUCAGGACUCCAGUCUGUGUGUUCUCCCCGAUGGAGGACAAGGAACUGCUGUCGCCCCUCAGUGACCCGGAGGAACGCUACCCAUCCAGGACAUCCCAGCAGCAAGUCCUACUAGUCAAGAUAGACUUGAGUUUGCUGUCGCGGAUCCCAGGACGACCGCCUGCGGACAUCAAAGUUGAGAGGGACGAUUGCGUAGAACGAGACACUAAAGACACCAGCCGGCACAACUCUGAGAAGAGCUCCAGCAAAGGCAAAAGGAAACACAAGACUGAUGAAGAUGGCACUAAACCAGUCAGUAAAAGACGAAAACCGGAUGACAAGCCUCCAUCUCAUCAUAAGAGCAACAGUGAAGACUCCCGGAGACCCCUGGAAAAGAAGGAGGAGCCCGUCCCUUCCCCGUCUCUGUCCGGGCUGCAGCGGACGCCCAAAGCCGAGCAGCCGAGUCGAAAGAGGACCGCCAGUCAGUCCUCCACAUCCCUCUCCAGCGGCACGGGCAGCGGCAAAGAGGGUAGCCAUGGCAACAAGACCAGCUCUGCCUCCAAACACCAUAAAGGAGAGGUCAAAGGGCGCAGCACACGGGACGGCAAGGACAAAUCCUCCAAAGGCAGCAGCGAUAACCAGCUGGCUGUGCCCCCGCUCUCCACCGACGGCUCCAAAAACCAGCGCUCCAAGCUCGUGUUCGAAGACAGGGUACAUUCUGCUGAUCACUACUUACAAGAAGCCAAGAAACUCAAACAUAACGCAGAUGCACUGCUGGACCGAUUUGAGAAGGCGGUGUAUUACUUGGACGCAGUGGUGUCUUUUAUUGAAUGUGGAAAUGCGUUGGAGAAAAGUGCACAAGAGGCCAAAUCCCCGUUCCCCAUGUAUGCAGAGACGGUGGAGCUGAUCAAAUAUACUAUGAAGUUAAAAAGCUACAUGGCUCCAGAUGCGACUUCCGCAGACAAGAGGCUAGCCGUGCUUUGCCUUAGAUGCCAGUCUCUCCUGUACCUUCGGUUGUUCAAACUAAGAAAAGACAGUGCACUCAAAUACUCCAAAACACUCACAGAACACUUAAAGAACUCAUUGAGUAACACCCAGGCACCCUCUCCUGGAAUGGGGAGUAAAGCGGGCAUGCCUUCCCCCGUCUCCCCCGGCAGUACGGCCAGCGGGAACUCGUCUGUGAGCAGCAGCAGCGGCAGCUCCUCCGUUACCAUUCCCCAAAGGAUCCACCAGAUGGCAGCGAGCUACGUUCAAGUCACAUCCAACUUCCUGUAUGCCACCGAGGUUUGGGACCAGGCUGAACAACUCUCCAAGGAGCAGAAAGAGUUCUUCUUUGAGCUGGACAAAGUGAUGGGUCCUCUGAUCUUCAACACCAGCAGCAUGACCGAACUGGUGCGCUACACGCGACAGGGGCUGCACUGGCUACGGCUCGAUGCCAAACUCAUUCCCUAAAAACGGACUUUACGCCGCGUCCUCAGAUCACCACCCACACGCCCACCACCCGUCAGUCCACUGCACAACCAAGCACCAUAUCUCACGCACUAACCGUGAGACUGUUAAGUCCAGCGUGUUCAUACCCAGGCUGCAUUUCAAAGUGAAUUCAUUACUUAUUUUGUUCUGCUUAGAAAUGACACAAGAGGAGUGGUUAAGAUAUUUAAUUAUCUGUAAGGUAUAUUUUCUGGUUUAGUGAUUCGCAACCUGCUCGUCUUCAGGGAAAUGUUGCAAUGUUCCACAGUAUAACUAUACUUCUGUAAAUUAAAUAAAUGUGUUCAAUUACAGAUUGAAUCAGAGUCAGAAACCUUUAUUAGUCCCUUCAAAGGCUAUUUGUGUUUUUAUUGCUGAAAAUAAAAACCUCUAGUUUACUGCCAUUCUCCGGAACAUUCCAGUCAAAGUAAGACCAUCUUCAUGGAGACAAGCUAGUGGCAGAUCUUUCACCAGAAAUGUUACAUAAUGCAGAUUUAACUUAAAACUGUGUCCAAAUCAAAUAUUUUCAACAAUGAAGCAUAUUUAUUUUUAUAUUGGUAUUCCUUGGAACCAAAUAUAUAAAUUCCGUUUUGCCAAUUAUUCAUUGUUGUCUAAAGCCAUGGUAUGAACUCAUAUGGUCUUAACUCUAUCUCACAACAGAAGCAUAUAAUUCAGUACUGUAGACUCUUUUUCUCGAGUCUUUCCUUCUCCAAAAACAUAUCUCCAGCACUGUGUCAUUUCGCUUCACCAGCUUUGCCAAAACUGAGCAACUUUUGGAUUCUUUUUCUCACACCUUCUAGCACCACACAGGGAGACUUUGAAUAUAUCAUCAAGUACCUCAACCCAUGUUCCAUCUGUCUGGCAUUAAGACUUUGGGAAAAAAUUGGAAAUUGAAUUAUUUAUUAUGACAACACUAAAACGGCGCUUUUUUGGCUUUUAACUUUUCUUUCACCAAAGUACCUCCCACGAACGCCAAAGGUGCUUUAAAUGAAGGUUUCUCUUAUCAUUUCUGUGCCUUCUUAGAGCUACAGGAAAACCAAUCAUCAAACAGCUAUAUUAUUUAAUUAUUUUUUUGCUCUUUUUGCAUAUUAAAUCUCGACAGUCAAUGAAAACUGGCAACAAUUAUGUUUUUAAGUGCAGUUUAAUUUUAUUGACCCAGUCUUAAAGUUUUAUUAUAUUUGAAAUUCCUUUAGCAUUUUUAGAACUUAGGAAUGGCUAACAUGCACAUAAAUAUUUAUCAAAUCUUUAUUCAAAUUAAAAGAUCAUGAUUUAGUUUACAGAUUAUGAGCUUUUUAACCACUAAAAAUAUUGUAUUGUUUUAGAGUUUAGUUUUUUAUGGGGUGCAAGACCCAACUCGGCCUGUAGGGGCUGCUAGUCUGCUACAAUUUUAUUAUCUCACAAAUUUGAAGCUCUGGUAUUUCAGUCUUUUCUUUGAACUGCUUAUACAUUUGCAUUGUUCCUACAGCAUAAGCCACUUCCUUACAGUACUAUUUGAUCUUUUGUUAAUUUUCUCUGCAGUGUAUUUUUGUAAGGCACAGCAGGAAGGAAUAAAGUAUUGUCAUCCAAUGCAGUUAUUUACAUUACAUUUGCAUAGUUUUCAUUGGGGCUUAGCUGAUGUGGGAAAGCAAAACUGAAAAUCACCUGAAAUGUCCUUAUCUGAAAGAAAAUGUAUUAUUAUUUUUAUUUUUUUCAAAAUUAUUUAAACAUUGAAUUUAUUACAUGCAAAUUAGGUUAACACCCACUUUAGAUUUUUCAAAAUAAAACUAAAUUAAUGCAAAUUCUGGUUACAAAAGAAACGUUGUAUAUCAUUUAAUUUUAUUUUGAAAACGCAAAACUUCUCCAUCCCAAGUGUCUUCUGUAAACAAAUCCAGCAUUACUGAGUGGCCAAGUACAUAUGGUAAUAGCUAAUAAAAACCCACGACAUAUAAUAAACAUUAAAUAAAGGACUUAACUUUUUCAUAUACAGAAACAUUCACAGCAAAGUUACCACAAUAAUACUACCACAUUUUUUAGUCGUCCAAGUUUGAGUUUUCCUCGACUGGCUCCCGGCCUUUACUGUGGGAGGGGAUACUGUUAUGCCCUCUUUAACCCAAAAAGAGGUAUUAUUUUAAUCUAUGCAGGAUUUUUUACAAAGAUCUGUUUUGUUUCCGUGAGAAGCCUGUUUAAACUGUCCAAUGCCUUUAGCUUUUGCAACUUUGUGUACUGGUUUAGUAUAUAGUAAAUAUGUAUAUAGUUUUAUAACCAAACGGAAAUGGCCAAAUGGAGCCUUUUUCGACUUUAAGCUGGAGGCCACUUUCUCAUUGUUUGCUCAGUCACUGUCUUCAUACACUGGUACACUUUGUAAUUACAGCCUACACUAUCGAAUAGUCAAAUGUACAAAUCUAGCAUUAGUAUUUUAACUUUUUGCGACGUACGUAUUUAUUUUUGCCCCUUUUGCGUCGUGAUUUUUCAGAAUGGCCUUUUGAAGGUGGCUCAGUGGUUCUCAAACUUGUCAAGUAUACCCUCCAUUGUACAGUUAAGCAAAGCACCAAAGUUUAGGCCUUAAAGAAAUUUUAUAGUUCAUAUUGAAUGGUAGUGAUUGCAUUCUGCUGUAUCAGCCAAUUUGGCUGUUUUAAAUAUUUACUAUAGCUGACUAUAGUAAAAUGAUUAGGCCCAGACACAGAAAAAAUACAAUAAGUGCAUGACAAUAAAUGUGAAUAUUGUGGGAAGAUACAGUUUAUUUUAUUAGUUAAAAAUGACUACAUAUGGAGCUCAACAGUGACUGCCCCCUUAGGUUCUGUAAGUAGAUUUUCCAUUCAUUUUCCCCAUAGACUUUUAGAAAAUGUAAUUAUUGAGAAUUCAAAGGCAUCACAUGUGCUAACCAGCUACAUGCUAACUAAUAUCCAUAACUUAGUUGUUUUAAGUCCAAAAAGUGCAUUUAAAAUGCAAGAUUUGGCUAAAUGCUUUAAUAAUGUAAUAACUAGCGGUUUAUAGCUUUUCAGAAACAUUUUAAAUAAAGUAAUAAGUCUUUUGCUCAUUAGUUACCACAUAGCUGAUUAGCCCUGAAAGAGAUUUCAAAUUUUUAAUAUUCUUCUUGAAUGAGACGUUUACUUCCGGAAGCAGGGGAUGAGGGGUCACUGUGGAGCUCCGUGGACACAAAGGCUUAGAUGGAUUUGUUGAACUUGUUGGUUUAGUCUGAUAUUAAACACAAAACUUGCAUAUUCCUACAGGAUAAGAAUGUGGGGUUUUUUUCUAUUUCAAAUAACCUAAAAUAUUCUUAUCUUCCCACAUUAUUCAUUGAUAGCUGCCUUUAUUUUCAUAACCUAUUUGAUCCUUAAGAAGUCUCAAAGACUGAAUCCCCAAGUGUAUUUAGCGUACUAUGAGCUGUACUUGCCCCACACUUUGAGAACCACUCGAGUCGCCAUUUUAAGAAAUUGUAAAUGUUUUGGGGCUAAUGAUCACGCUGAGAUUGAGAUUUCUUUGUAAAGUAGUAAUUAAUAUUAACUUGUUUGAAUCCAGGGUAAGUUUUGACAUUCAGUAGAAGGAGCUUAACACGUGUGCAUGUUUCUAUUUAAAACGAUGUAUAAAAUGUAAAUAUAUAACAUUUUCUUUAAGGGCAAUUUCUACAGGUGACCUUUUUAUUAAAUUGACAAACGCUGUAAAUACAUUUUGUGAGAUACUUUAUGCACAUUUUCCCUUUUUUCCGGGCCUCUGUGUUUCUUCUUCCAAUCGUUACAGACUCUAUUGUACGUCUGCUAACUGUAUAUCAGUUAAUUUUAGUCUCUUGUGCUUGUAUGUUUUGUCUCUCUCCCUCGGUAUCACGGUCACCUCAAACCAACGUCUCUAGAUGCAACAAAUAUUUUCUUCUCUGUAUUUGAUAUGGAGGUGUUCAUGAAAUGUAUAUUGUUAAUCUCAUCAUGGGGAUGUAAUGUAUUGCGUCAAGAGAAGUUGUAUUUUACAGUGUCCCUUUUUGAACAAUUGGUCCAAGAUGUUUUUUGAAAGUAUUUCUCUACACAUGGAAAAAGCUGUAGCAUUUGUACUCCGGGCCAGCAGCACACACUAUCAUGUACAAUAGUAGUCUGAAAUUGGAUUAGUUUUACGAGAUCUGAACAUAGAGAGAUGCUAUUCUAUCAAAUGGAUGCAAUAUGAGACUAAAGGUACUCGAACUUAGGUGAUGUAAUUUAAAGCAUUCUUGUGAAGUGAGUAUUAUGUGACUAAUGAGAGUCUGUCCUGAAUAUUCUUUGUAUUUUGCCGUAUUGAGAAUAAAAUAUAUAUGGAUUA